CUUGCCUGUCUUGCUUAUUAGCAGCUAGCAUCUCAUUAUAUAUAUUGUAGUCGUCGUCUUUAGGUUUUGAUCUUUUCAAUAUCUCAUUGCAUAGCUAGCUAAGCUGUAUAUGAUAUGAUGGGCCUCUCAAAGCCGCAUAUUGUUGUUUUUGUUUUAAGGGUCUUAGCCUUAGGAGGCACUUUAGCUGCAACCAUUGUGAUGGUCACCAGCCACGACUCUACUCAACUCCUUGGCUUCACAUUUCAAGCCAACUUUACCCAUUCACCAACUUUUAAGUACUUUGUUGGGGUGAAUACAAUUGCAAGUGGAUAUAGUCUCAUAGUCCUGUUUUUUCCAUCCAAGAAUAUGGCCAGCAGUCUUCUUCUCGUUUCAGAUAUGAUAUUGAUGUUGUUGAUGGAUUCAAGCAUAUCAGCAUGCCUCGCUGUGGCUGAAGUGGGAAAGAAAGGGAACAUAAAUGCUGGUUGGCUGCCAAUUUGUGGCCAAGUCUCAAAGUUCUGUGAUCAUGUUGCAGGAUCUCUCAUUGCUGCCUUUGCUGCUUUAGUUCUCUAUUUUCUUCUUCUUCUCUACUCUUUCCACACUGUCCUUAAUCUUUACACCCUUAAAUUGUAAUAAGUCUCGUUUUUCCACGGGAAUUUUGGAGCCCUUUGUAAUACACCUGUAACAUUCCUCCACCAUCUAUGUUUUUCACUACAUAUAUACACAUACACAUGAGGAAUGAAUUUAUUGAACUGUAGUGCCAAUUGGCAAAUGCUCCCUCGACCCGGACUGCACUAUAAUGACAUUGUAAUGACUAUGAAUCA